AUGCCGGGGGAGUCUCGUAGCCGCGAUCGACACGGGCAGUCCCGCGAUCGAGAGCGCGACCGCGAGCGUCGGCGGGAAAGAGAGCAUCGACGGAGGAGAUAUGAUGAUGAUGAUGAUGGCGCAGUGUCCAGUCCUGGGGAUCCACAGAGAAGAAAGUAUCGGUUCCAGGGGGAGGAUGCGGGUUAUGAUUCCUACGACCAAGAGCGAGAUGGAAUUGAUGCAUACGAAGAAGACCAGAGACGCAGAGAGCGGAGACGAAGACGGAGGGAAGAGGAGGGGGGCAAGGCAAAGGAGUCGCCCGCUACAUCGCCUAUCAAGAAACGUGAUCGGGAGCGGGAUCGCGACGGGCAUCGGCGAAGGAGAGAGUAUGUGGAGGGAGAGGGAAGUCCUACAAAGGAAGUGAGAGAGCGACGGACUCGGGACAGAGAUCGGGCAGGGGAACUCGAUGUUGAUGCGGAGGCGAGGAGACAGAGGCGAAGAGAUCGGCGUGAAAGAGAGAGACAGCGGGAGCGGAACAUGGAAGCUGCUGCUGCCGGGGCAGUUGAAAAGAAGCAUCGGAGCAUGGAGUCGACAAGCAGUGCUUCCCAUUUACUUGCCGCUGAUGCUUUGACGCGACAGACCUCUGAGCACGAGAUGGAAGAUUUACCGGAGCAAUGGGAGCGUCGCCAACGAGAACGAGAGCGAGCGCGGGAACGAUCCAGGCACCAAGAUGAAGACUAUGAACGCAGAGAGCGUCGACAACGGAAAAGAGCCGCUUUGGGGGCAGGAGCCGGUGCCCUCGACGCCGAACUCCUUGAGGGAAGGCCAAGACACAAGUCUGGAGCUAGAGUCGUAUCUGGGGCUUAUUUAGAAGCAGGCCACAGCCCGGACAUGAAUGUUCGCCGCCGUGGCGGAGGUGGUCCUGCGAUGGACCAGGCAUGGAAAUACGAGGAUGGUUGGGAAGGAAGCUAUGGGAGUACUGAGCGGCGACCGUUUUGGAAGUUCUGGGAUUCAUGGUCCAGGAAAAAACGUAUCUGGAUUGGAACGAUGGCGGGAAUCUUGCUGUUGCUUGCCAUUAUCAUCCCAAUCGCAGUCAUCGAAUCCCAGAAGAAAUCAACAGGCUCGUCUUCUUCCUCUUCGGGCUCGUCAAGCUCCUCGAGCAACUUGACCGCCAACCUGGACACAAUUAGUCGGGAUAGCAUUCCUUCGUAUGCGCAAGGGACCGUCCUCGAUCCCUUCACCUGGUAUGAAACCGAAGGGUUCAACCUAACCUUUACAAAUGACACUAUUGGUGGUUUGUACAUCAUGGGUCUUAACUCGUCGUGGGAUGAUUCUGCCAGACCUAACAAUAACGUGCCGCCAUUAAAUGAAGCAUUUCCCUACGGUUCACAACCUAUUCGAGGAGUCAAUAUUGGCGGUUGGCUAUCUAUUGAACCAUGGAUCGUGCCAUCUUUGUUCAACACCUACUCGUCCGAUGCUGGUGUUAUUGAUGAGUGGACAUUGAGUGAACAACUGGGCUCCAGCGCCGCAACCACCAUCGAAAAGCAUUACGCGACCUUCUAUACGGAGCAGGACUUUGCCGAAAUCAAAGAAGCAGGUCUGGACCACGUGCGCAUCCAAUAUUCCUACUGGGCAGUGAAAGUGUAUGACGACGAUCCCUACGUGGCAAAGAUUUCCUGGCGAUACCUCCUGCGUGCAAUCGAGUACUGUCGCAAAUAUGGACUCCGAGUUAAACUCGAUCUUCAUGGCGUCCCUGGUAGCCAAAACGGCUGGCAACAUAGUGGCCAUCAAGGACAAAUCCGCUGGUUGAAUGGAACAGACGGGGAGUUGAACGCGAAUCGAAGUCUGGAGAUUCAUGAUCAACUCUCGACAUUCUUUGCCCAAGACCGAUAUAAAAAUAUUGUGACGAUGUAUGGCAUUGUCAAUGAGCCACUCAUGCUUUCUUUGUCCGUGGAAAAAGUCCUUGAUUGGAACAAUCAGACAGCUAAACUAGUUCGGGAGAACGGUGUGAAUGCCACCAUCGUCUUCCACGACGGGUUCCUGAAUCUGGAUAAAUGGGACGCAAUGUUCAAGGACCACCCAGACAACAUGUAUCUGGACACGCACCAGUAUACCACCUUCAAUACCGGCGAGAUUGUGCUAAACCACACGGCCAAGAUUGAGCUCAUCUGCAGCAGCUGGUAUAGUAUGAUCGAGGCUAUUAAUACCACUAGUUCUGGAUGGGGCCCUACAAUAUGUGGCGAGUGGUCCCAAGCUGACACUGACUGCGCGGAAUAUUUGAACAACGUCGGUCGCGGAACUCGGUGGGAGGGAACGUAUGACACGAGUUCCUCGACGCAGUAUUGUCCCACGGCCAGCGAGGGCACAUGCAGCUGUGCUGAUGCCAACGCCGACGUCUCCGAGUACUCGGAUGCGUACAAAAAAUGGCUCCUAUAUUACGCCGAAGCACAGAUGUCCGUUUUCGAGACUGCCAUGGGCUGGUUCUACUGGACCUGGCGCACCGAAACCGCAGCACAGUGGAGCUAUCGCACCGCGUGGAAAAGGGGGGUUCUUACCGGAUAA